AUGGAGGAAAUAAUCGCAUCCGCAAGAGCUACACUCACCAAGGUGGUGCUGAAGACACCGAUGUAUCACCCCUCACUCUUCCAAAGUCUUACCACAUGCGAAAGUUUCAAGGUGCUGGAGUGGACGGAAGUCCACAAAAUAAACGACGAGAUAUCACUCUCUCCUGUGAGACAUCUCAUCACACUCCCAUAUGUGGAGAGGCUUCAUUUGACAGCGUUCAGCUCGAGAGAACUUUGUUUCCUCCUCUCGAUACGUGCACCCCGAUUGGUGCAGCUCAGGAUUGGAAGUCAUCCUGAAGGGAGUUUCCAUAUCGAGACGGAGCAAUUACGCAAGUUUCUCGAAGGCGCUCCUCGGAUUCGAGAACUAUACUUGCUAGGCAUCUUCUGGCCAUGCACUCUAGACGGCUUACCUCCAUUUCGACUCCUACAUAUUGAGCGACUUUGCAUGACAACUCAUACUCUAACCUCCCUGGGCGGCAUCAUACUCUCAACAAACCAGAGAGUGAAUUUAGUUGUACAUCUUAUGAUGCGCCAUGAUUUGGUGCCUCUCAAAAUGCAUAAAAUGCCGACUGAAUCUCUUGCAUGUCUCGAUACGCUCGUCAUCGAGGUCCGGGAGCUCAAGGACGGGAGGCGGAUGAUAGGAAUAGAGGGCUUGCAGGAAAUAAUUCCAUUUCUCGACAACCUUCGCGUCCUUCGACUACCUAGUGUGCACGGAGAAGUGUCUGAACUCGACAACCUGUGCCAGUCGAUGCUGGGGGGUGCAAUUUGUCCCAAACUCCAAGAGAUUUAUAGCAUGCAGUAUCCAGAUUGGUGCUUGUUUCUCGAGCUCAUCAUGUCGCGCAACAUACCGCGCAGCAUCUAUCCAGACGCAAACGGUCCUGUCGCUCUCAAACUCGUCGCUUUUCCGCGCACGCUUCAUCCGACGAUUCACUGUGCCAUCCAGGAUGCACUCAAAGGAUAUUGGGUACCACCUCUAGAGCCAUGGGUACUCCCCGACGACAUGUAG